GUUUUCAGCGAGGGAGUGCAGUGGAGCAUCGCAGGCUGGGAGGAGAAGGAGUUGGGAGCCAGCGCCGGGAAGCAGAGAUCCAGGGCAUAACACAAGUAGAUGAAUAUGGAGGUCAUUCGAAUAGAUACAUGAGAGAGCAUACAGAACUUAGCGUCAAAAUUGCUGAGCUGAAUUGUACUAAUAAAAAGUUGACUGACGAGAAAACAAAACUACAAAGAAGUCUUGAUUUAGCAGAGGAUACCAACACUCGUCUGACUGAAGAGAUAACUGACCUAAAAAGUAAAAUAAAAAGUUCCCAGCAGGCCAUGCAACAUGCUCGGUCCAUUUGGAAUGAGCUUGAAGAUACGAAGAUAUUCGUCAAAAACCUAGAAGACAAAAUUAGUGUUGUAAUUACUGAAAAAAAGCAAAUGGAAAAGGAGGAACAUUUGCUAAGUAGCCACAAGCAGACUUUACAGGAGGAGAAUGAUAAGCUGAUCUCAGAGAAGGAGAAGGUCAAAGAAAAGCUGGAUAGUCUUAGAGUGGAGAACUCAAAGCUACUGCACCAACUGUAUGAAUAUGAAAACCUACUGGCACAGAAAGAUGAACUACUAACACAGAAAAUGAUCCAAACAGAAGAUUUAAUGGGACUAGUGAAAGAGCAAAAAACAUUGUUACAGGAGCUUAAAAACGAAAAGAAUAACUUACAAGAAGAGCUUGCACAGACCCAUGAAGACAUAGCCAUACAUUCAAGUCUUUCCCACGAGCAACGUUCCAGCUCUCGUUCCGUAUGGUCCGUGUGUAAUGAAAUAGAGGAGAUUCAAGAGUCAAACUCAGAUCCAAAAUUAGCACUCCCUGAUCCCUUGUGCCAUAUAGUGGAAUGCUCUCUGGGGGUGGAAACAAUGGAGAAGGAUACCAGGACAGACACAGAGCUAGAAGAACAGAGCAAUAUCUUGUUAAAACGCCUCAGCUGCCUGAGCCAUCUUAAGUGUGUGUGGGAAACAUACGCAAGCAAGCUAAAAGGAGCAAAGCAGAUUAACACUAACAAUAAGAGGACAAGGCAGGAGCAGAGAGUACAAGAUGCCAUAUCAGCUGCCGCUUGCAUAACCGGGUUAUUUUCAGAGGAAGGCUGCUCCUUGGCUCCCUUUAUUCCAAAGAUGAGAUCUUACUUUUCCACUCGGAGACUUUUCCUGGUGAUUCUUCUCUACACCUUGAUCUUCUCCAUAUGGUCUGGAGAGAACAUCUGGACAGUUGUAUCAACAAUUCUGUGGCCUCACCUCAAACUGCAACAUCUGAAGCUGCCACCAAUUUAGUUCUCCCCUGGACUGUAGUAAGAGGAAUAACUAAUAUGUACUACAGUUAUUAUCUCUCAGCAAGAACUAAAACGCUGGCUAAGAGCAAGUUUAAAUAUGUUCAAGUUCCUGUUCCAUAACCUUGCAUGUCUAUUCUCUACAUUGUCUGAAUUUACUCGUCCUUCCAUGCCAGUUGUCCUAUAAUUUAAACUAACUGAUCAUUUAUUGGAUUACAAGUUUUGCCAAGAUGGAAAUUUAUCUAAACUGAUGCUAAGAA